AAAGUACGGUGGUUAUUCCAAGCAAACAAUCUGCGGGCACAUUAGUUUUAAAAAAACCGUGUCGCGCACUUGUUCUUGACAUCAGGUUUUUUGUUGUUCGGUGCAGCGCAGGCAGCUGCAUUCCUUCUCGCUCUCUCGCCCCCUGGCUCCUACUCCUGCACCUGUGCGUUCUCGACGGCUAGCUAGUGUGUGUGUGUGUGAGUGCACUUGCCACGCUUGACUUGCAGCAGGGCUGUCUGCAGGCGACGCGGAAAUGCCAUUGAAGGCGACGGGGACGGCAACACUCCACUCCGACAGCCAGUUCCAGUUCCAGGCCCGAUAAGGCCAGGACGGGACCAAACAGAGAGAUAGCCAGCGAGAGCGCGGCGUAGAGAUUAUUUGCAUAGACUUCUGGAUGGAAUGAUGAUGUUGUGAUGGGCUCGUGCUCUUGUACGCGGCGGCACUUUUUGCUGUCGAUAUGCUUCCUGCAAGUGAUAACGAUCGUGGAGCGGCAGGUAUUCGACUUCCUCGGGUACAUGUGGGCUCCGAUACUGGUGAACUUCUUCCACAUUCUGUUCAUCAUAUUCGGGUUCUACGGCGCCUAUCACUUUCGCGUCAAGUACAUCAUUACGUAUCUAAUUUGGAAUUUCCUGUGGAUCGGCUGGAACGCCUUUCUCAUUUGCUUCUAUUUGAAUGUGGGGCAGUUGGACAGGGAUAGUGACCUGCUCAACCUGGGCACCGGCAGCGUCUCCUGGUUCGAGGCGAACGGCUAUGGCUGCCGGCCCACCUACAACAUGACCUCUGACGAUCCGUUUCGGCCGCAGCGACCGGAGCGUGUGGAGGACUGCCUGCUGGACUAUCCGCUGGUGGAGACGGUGCAGGCGGGCGUGCAAUGCGCUUUGGCGCUGCUGGGCAUACUGGGUGCCAUUCUGAUCAGUUGCAUAUUUCUCGAUGAGGACGACAGAUUCGAUUUCAUGAACGGCGACGCCAAGAGUCCACAGCACACCGUGGUGCAUCCCAUGUACGUGAGCUAUACAAGUAUUCCCACAACAUCUGCCAGCGCCACCAUGCAAUCAAACAAGCAUCUGCAGCUGCAGCAAAACUCACUGAAACUCUACCACCCUCAUCAUGCUGCUUCCGAGCAGUUGCAGCAGCAGCAACCAAAACUACACCAAUUCCACACCAACAACAGUAGCCACAACAACAACAACAACAGCCAGAACUACCUGCUGAGCAGCGGCAGCAGUGGCAGCAACAAUAAUACCCUACUUAACCAUAAUCUCCGGCAGCGCGCCAACUCGCUGCUGCCGCUGUCGCCAGACACAACAAAUAACCAGAGCGCAUCAUUCCAACAACAACAACAACAAGCCAACAAGCACCCACACCUAACACCCAGCAACAGCAGCAGCCUGCGCCGCCCACGCCACCACCAUAACAACCCAUACCACUUUGCCAACAAGGGCGCCCCCAUCAGCCCCAGUCCCAUGUCCGCCCAGACCACGCCUUCGCUGUCGUACGCCUCGCUGCAGAACUCCAAUCCCUACCUGGCCGGCGGUGGCAACACCUCGCUGAGCAACAGCAACUACAGCAUCUUCCAGAGUCCUGACUCGAUCCAGGGCAGCAGCAGCUUCUCCCACUUUGCCCGCAUCCACCACAAGCCAAAGCCACCCAAGUCGGGGCUUCCUGUUCAGGGAGGAAUUGAUUCCAAGCUGGCCUCGCCUGUCCGUCCGCUCGAGCGCCUGUCGCGCAACCUCGAGGAAGACGAGGACAACUUCUCGCUGCAGCAAUUCGCCCCCGGCGACCAUGGCGUCACCUACGUGCCCUUUCAGAGUCCCACGCCCAAUGGCCUGUUCCUCGGCGAGAACAACAAUGCCCAGUCUGCCGUCUUCCACUUGAACUCUCGCUCCAGUUCCAACAACAAUGCCUAUCCCUAUGAGCAGAACGGCCUGCCCUCGCCCCUUCGCAUGGCCCGUCGGCCCACGCAGAUUCCGCUGCCCACGGUGCCCAUGCACAGUUGCCUAGAGAUGGAGCCUGACGACGACGAGGAGGAGGCGGAUGGCGAGGGCGAGGACGGCGUCCUAACGCCACCACCACCUCCGGUUCCAAGGCCGCACAUCUUCCACCAGCGCCUGGGCCAAGCGCCCUAUCCCGAUCUCUCGCCGGAGGUGGCCGAGCGCUAUGCCAUGCCCACCCAGUUGGGUCCGGCACACGGACACCUGCCCGUGCCCCACGGUUCGCCCAUGGUGCGUCGCAGUAAUCGCCGGCCAAGGCCACCGAUUCCGGUGAACUUUUGCGACCAGAUACGCGCCCCUCCUCCGGGGUAUGUGGUGCGGGCCCAGAGCGACGACCGGCUGGUGGAGCAGACGCAGGGGGAGGCGGAGGCAGCUCCGCACGUAAACCGGCGAAGUGGACGCAAUGGCAAUGGCCAAAAGUCCCGUCCCCGCUCCUUUUGCAACUCCAUAGUGGGCGUCCAGGCCUAGAGUACGUCUCUCCAUCUCUGACUCUCUUUUGAUCACGCUCUCUAAGGAGCAGGAUGUUACUAACUCCCCCACACACACCCUCACACUACCCAUUCAGACAUACCAAAGACCUUAUAGUGUUCAAGAUGCGUAACGCGCAUGCAUUUGGCUCUGCGUUAAGCAUCUUGCAGUUUAUGCUGUCUUUGGACACACCUAUUUGCGUGUUACUGUUUCUUUGUUGUGCCUAACCAGCCGGCUACCAUGCCCAGAUCUAGCUUCGGACGAGCUGCUGUCUUUAGUUUAAGUCUAAGUACCAUAUUCACACGCGCGUGCAUACAUUUAGGGGCUCUUCCCCGGACCCGGCCCGAGCUGUGAUAGAAAAGUCGGAGGGAGAAGGAGGAAAAGUCGCUAACAAAUUUUAUGUUGAUCUGUGAUAAACUAUAAACAAAAACAUGAACAUGAACGACAAACAAACGAACGAUUAUUUCACAAAGCGAAUGAGAAUGUCACAAACUAUCGCUAUCAUCCCGACGGAGGGAUGAUGGACGAAGAGAUUUGUCGAUGAUGAGAAUGCCAAUUGCAAACAGAGAUGCCUUGGAUGAGAAUGACGGAUUGUAGUAGAGAUUAGACAUACAUAUAUUGAUGUGUUAUGCGAGGGAGAGCGCAGCCUCCCCGCAACAGCCGCUGCCUUUUGUUGUUUAACUAAUAAUAUACAUAUAUAUGCUAUAUACACAUAUUUACGAUAAAUUACAAACUGUACUACGAUGCAAACGUUGCCUAUUGGGUUAAGUGCGAGAUUCGCUAUACGAAACAAAGGUUUAUAGAACUGUUAAGUCCUAGUACUAAGUAUUAAGCUUGAGGCAUUACCGCGGAGCAGAUCCAAACCUACGUAGCCUAGACUCUAUUUACCAUUUACUGUUUAGAUAGACUCCCCUGUUUAGACCUUGAUCUUUGCGAGAUUCGAAGCGUUUCCAAUAAAAGAAGAAAACAAAAGAA